GUCCACCCUAGCAGUAGCACAACGCACGGAAGCUCGACCAACCAAAAAAUGGCGUCCCUCCUCCUCGUGCUGCUGCAGCUGCUCGUGCACCGCGCGGCUGCCGACGAGCGGCAGCUUCUCAUGCAGAUCAAGCACACGUGGGGCGACCCGCCCGUGCUCGCGGCCUGGAGCAACGGCUCGGGAUCGGUCGACCACUGCUCCUGGCCUUACGUGACCUGCGACGUGCCGUCCGGGCGCGUCACCAGCCUCUCCCUCGCCAACACCAAAGUCACCGGCCCGUUCCCAGACGCCAUCGGCGGCCUCUCCGGCCUCACCAGCCUCAACCUCUUCAACAACAGCCUCACCGGCGCCUUCCCGACCAGCGUGUACCGCUGCGCUUCGCUACGGCACCUCGACCUGUCCUAUAACUACCUCCACGGCGAGCUCCCGGCCGGCAUUGGCCGUGCCCUCGGAGAGAACCUCACCUCUCUAAUUCUGAACGGCAACUGCUUCAGAGGUACCAUCCCCACCUCCUUGUCCCGGCUACGGAACUUGCGGUCGCUCGAGCUGGACAACAACUACCUCGCCGGCACCAUCCCGCCAGAGCUCGGGGACCUGACGGGCCUCCAGACGCUGACGCUCGGGUACAACUCGUUCGACGUGGGGGAGCUGCCGGCGUCGUUUAAGAACCUGACCAAGCUGAAAAUCUUGCGGGCGAGGAGUUCCAACCUCACCGGCGACUUCCCGAGCUAUGUGACGGAGAUGCCGGAGUUGGAGGUGCUCGGUCUCUCCAUCAACGCCUUGACAGGAAGUAUACCUCCGGGCCUCUGGAACCUCACCAAGUUACGACUUCUGACUAUAUAUGCAAACAACCUCACCGGCGAGGUCGUCGUCGGCGAUGGUGCUUUCGGCGCGUUGAAUUUGGUGACCAUCGACCUUUCCGCGAAUCACAAGCUAAGUGGGCCGAUUCCGGAAGCCUUUGCUCACUUGCCAAAGCUGGAAACGUUGAACUUGUUCUACAACAACUUCUCUGGUCAGAUACCUGAGGGUUUGUGCGAGAACAGCAAGUUGGAGUAUCUCAAUGUCGGACAAAACCUCUUGAGCGGCUCCAUCCCAGCAAGCCUCACUGGUUGCACCACACUCAAGCGAUUGAUACUUAGCAACAACAAGCUUUCUGGCAAUGUGCCUUUUUUUCUUUUAGAUAACUAUACUACACAAUUCUUUAGGUGUAUCAAAAGUGUAUAUAUGAGAAACAAACCUAUACUUUUAUAG